AUGUCGGGCGACAAACUCCUGAGCGAACUUGGCUAUAAGCUAGGUCGCACGAUAGGUGAGGGCAGCUACUCCAAGGUGAAGGUGGCCACCUCCAAGAAGUAUAAGGGGACGGUGGCCAUCAAGGUGGUGGACCGCCGGCGGGCGCCUCCAGACUUCGUCAACAAGUUCCUGCCUCGAGAGCUGUCCAUCCUGCGGGGAGUACGGCACCCGCACAUCGUGCACGUCUUCGAGUUCAUCGAGGUGUGCAACGGGAAGCUGUACAUCGUGAUGGAGGCAGCAGCCACCGACCUGCUGCAGGCAGUGCAGCGCAACGGGCGCAUCCCGGGGUCGCAGGCGCGCGAACUCUUCUCGCAGAUCGCUGGCGCCGUGCGCUACCUGCACGACCACCACCUGGUGCACCGCGACCUCAAGUGCGAAAACGUGCUGUUAAGCCCUGACGAGCGCCGAGUUAAGCUCACGGAUUUCGGUUUCGGCCGUCAGGCGCACGGCUACCCAGACCUGAGCACCACCUACUGCGGCUCGGCCGCCUAUGCGUCACCUGAGGUGCUCCUGGGCAUCCCCUACGACCCCAAGAAAUACGACGUGUGGAGCCUGGGCGUUGUGCUCUACGUCAUGGUCACCGGGUGCAUGCCCUUCGACGACUCGGACAUUGCUGGCCUGCCCCGGCGCCAGAAGCGCGGCGUGCUCUACCCGGACGGACUCGAACUGUCGGAAAGAUGCAAGUCCUUGAUUGCCGAGCUGCUACAGUUCAGCCCGUCCGCCCGGCCCUCGGCGGGCCAGGUGGCGCGCAAUGGCUGGCUGCGGGCCGGGGACUCCGGCUAGGAGCCGGGGUUCUCGCUGUUCCCGCCGCACCAGGCCCUGAGCCAGGGCGGCGCAUGCGCGACGAGCGAAGUCGCCGCGCGCCACUGCGCACGCGCCCUGUCCCUACCCCUUCCCCCACGGCGGCGACCCACCGAGGCCCGCUGUAGGAUUCUGAUUCCUCCCGCACAACCUGAUUGCUGGAGGGCGCACGCGCACCCUCGAUUUCUGGCGAGAAGGCGCCGGGAGGGGCGCAAAGAGAAGAGAGAGAAGCAUUGCGCCUGCGCGGAAUGAGCUCCUGCUGCGCGGUGCGUGGCCGCGACCCAAAGAAGCUGCGGUCAGGUAGUGCAAGCCAAGCUCCUGCUUGGAACCUGCAAUAAAUUCGCUCUUCCUCGCAAGCGGCUUUAGCGGUGGAACCUUGUCACUGAGCAGGGGGGAGGGAAAGGUUCAGCACUUUGGAGAAAGGCGGGUAUAUGGUAUUUCUAGCGUCAGACUUGAAAAAGGGAGUGGGGAGAUUCGAACACUGUUCUUUCAGGUCCCUGAACUAGACAUAUUUUUAAAGAUCCUAUAGUCGUCCCCCCGGAUGUGAUGAUGCUCGACUUGGGAUCAGCGGGAGGAGAGGAGGUGACUGCUGGCAGGAACAUUUACAGACGUGGAAACGGGCCGACACAAGUGUCAGUUGUGCAGAAACAGCUGUGGUUUGUACUCAGGUCUCUUGAGACAGGGAGCCCUGGGUGAUGGUACUUUCCCUGUGGGAACAGAAGUCAUGAUCCUGUUUCUCUGCUUAAAAAGCUGUGGCCAGCCCGGGGUCCACCUGAGAUUGUGCCUGGCUCAGAAGGGCAGAGCCCUGGAGAAACUCCCAGAAGUCAAGUGUGCACUUCAGAUCUCCACUGACUCCGUGCCCAUGCCAGACUGAGGAAGACUCGGAAACUCCGGGGCUACGUAAGCCACGGUCACAGCAGCACCGAGCCAGUGGAGGCCAGAAGACGCUAUCAGAUUCCCCGAGUGGAGCUCCAGGUGAUUGUGAGCUGCUCUGUGGGUGCUGGGAAUUGAAUCUAUGUUCUCUGGAACAGCAGCCAGCACUCUUAACCACUGAGCCCUCUCUCCAGGCCCCAGCUUAACCUC